AUGGCGUCGUCCUCGUUCAAAGGUAUCGCCGUCUCUGUCUCAGACGAGGAGUCCGACGAGCCUGCCAAGGUGAGAGUACGGGUCCGGCAGAAGCGGAAGAAGACGGUGAUACGCGUGAGCGGUGGGAUCUGGCGGAGGAUCGUGAGGAAGGUCGUGAGGUGGUGGCCCGUUCUGAUCAUUCUUCCCACAUUCGCGGUCCUGUUCUUCGAGAUUUCCCGGGUCACCUGGAAGAGUGGAGAUGUUGGGAAGAAAGUGGAGUUGGUGGACGAUCAGAAGCCGCACGGAAACCUUAACCGGCUCGAUCCGACGACGCGGGUCGUCAAUGGCGUCAGAGAGCGUGAGUCGCCUGUUUCGUUGGUCAGCCUCUUCCUGUCUCUUCUAUGUUCUUUUCAUGGAAAUUUGGUUUCGGAUGUGGUAAAUUGAGGUUUCAUCUGUCGCAUCUUCAUCUGCAGUGUUUCAGUUGUCUCCUUGAGACAAGCUGUUCGAUGAUUAAGUAAAGAAGCUUCGCAAUCAAAAUUCUAAUAGGUCAUAAAAAAGUUGAAAAGGUUCUUUGAUUCCCUUCUGAGGUCGUAAGAAUUUGGCUAUUAUAACCACGAAUUUCGGUUGUGGCACUUGUCAACUCCAUAAUUUAGGUACUCGAGGUUGACGUCAAGCAAUCUCAUGUGACCGAUACAGUGAGAACUCACUCAAGAUUUUUGAGUUGUCUCAGAGGGUUCAUUUACUUAUUUUUUUAAUAUUUUCUAAAUAUUUGAUAAAGGCAUACACUGAGGACGGAAUUUGACAUCGGUGGGAUUUGCGGCCUUCAAAGUUUGAAGUUUGUACAUUGGAAUCAAAUAUAGGUAUACGUCCGAGUAUCGUGGCUUGAAAACUUGGUUGAUUCCAAUUGCAAUCAUCUUUGGACAAUUCAGAAAUAAUAUGGACUGUAAUUGAUCAGGGUGAGGGGACGAUUGCAUAAUUCAUUAAUAAAAUAUCUCAUGACCUUUCUGGAUUUGUGUCAAUUCAGGUUGGCCUUAUUCACCCACCCUGUCCAGUUUCGGCUGCCCUGAACAAAGAAUUUGCCAUAUAAACUAUUGUGUUGACAUGAGCCUGUAUCUCUUAUGUUCAGAACUUCAAAUUUCUACUGCUUUGGAUUAGUUUCACGAAUUUCUACAUGUCGUUCUAUAAUGAAUCUUCCGAAAAGAGACUCUGGGAUGUUUGGUAUCUAGAGAUGGCUAUGUAAUGUAGGAUCUUGUCCUCCACAUAUUGAUUUCCUCUUGGAAACUGUAGAAUCUGUAAGUCCUGACCAUAGAAGAUGAGCCCCUUUCUUCUUGUCAUGUAAUUUUAGUAUCUGUUUUCUCUCCGUAAUGCUGGAAGGCUGACCUUCACGUGAGAUCUGCUGGGAGUAUCUAGAAAAUUAGGUGCUGCUUUCUUUAUGUGGCCCAGGAACCUGCCCAUAGUGUAUCGUCAGAUAUCAGAGAAUGGUGUGGGAGAUGAGAAUUCUGAAGUUUCUGUUUCUUUGGGAGAUUAUAAGUUAUGUUCAAAAGCAGAUUUUUUUGGUUUUUUUUUUUUUGUCGGAAUUCGGGUGCUUGAUUUUUGCAGCAAUAUUUUUCUAUCUUUGUCAAUUUCUCCUUGGGUACAUCCUCAACUUGACAGGUUAUUGACGUCAGGUGUAAAUUAUUUGAAAUCUUUUGAUGAGCUCAUGCACAAGAAUUAGAUGCUUGCAUCUCAAAAUGCAGAGCAGAUCCUCUUGUGAUAUUUGCAAGAGUUCUGGGGAAAUGUUUUACAGUUGUGUGUGGGCCGCAUCUUAUCAGAGUUGGAUACUGAAAUAUGUGGAAUGUUGUUGUGUGCAUUUCAUCUUGCAUUAUCAUGUCUAGAUUCUUGGUAUAUAGGUGAGUGCGAAACUUAAGAGACGGCAAGGAUUUUCGUUGUCCUCCAUUAUUUUUGAUAGAAAGGUUUUUAGUUAUCUACAGCAGAGCUAUGUAGAGAGAUGACGAAUUUGAGGUAGAAUGUUUCAUCUGGAACAGGAAAGGGCUCUCUGGCAGUUAGUCAGAAUUGUACACAAUAUGACAAAGGAUAAAUGAACUUGUUUGUCGUUUUUUGAAUUGGGUGUGGGGUGUAUGGUACUAAACUUUAGUGCACAGAGAACGUCUUUAUAUUUUAUGAAUGUCACAGAAGAAACAUCAAGAUUAUAAGCUGCAACUAAUGUUGAUUGAAGAAGAUUUUCUGGAAUGGAGAUUGAAGUCUAAUCAGUGUCAAUAUAUGUGAGCAUUUCAUUAGAGAAGCUUCUGUUUUACUUUUUCAGAUCCACGGAUUCCUGAUCGCAGAUGUCAGUCUACUCGUUCCAGGUGGAACGUUUGCUAACACGCACAGAGUUGACGGUGGUGGUGAAAUUUGGAUAGAUGUUUGGUGGGUUGGGGAGACGUUCUUAUUUCACAGAGAAGCAUGCACCUCGAUGAGAUAUGUGGUGAAAGUUUUUAUCUGCUACCGUCCCAUUGUGAGAUCCAUAUUCUAUGGGUCUACAGGUCUUAAUAUGAAGGUUUUAUGAGUAAAAACAUUCACAUGAGAUCUCAAAAAUAUUGGUCGAACUUACCUUUUUAUCCUCUCUUGAUGAACAAAUUUUGGAAACUUAUAAUAAAUUUAGUUUGGUACCAUGAACCUUCAUUCGUCAAUAUGGCGUGGUCUUGAGCUCUGUUUAAUGGUUACCAAAGAUUGCCUGCACACUACCUACCUGUCUGUUUUUUAGCGGGUUAGGCUCAACAAUUGCAAAAAAUCGUAAACGAAAACAAAUAUGAAUUAGUUUUGAAGGAUUUAAUUAACAGAUUGAAUUAACACAGCAUUCUUUGAAAGUUGUCCACAGAGAAACUUUGUAUGAUGCUUUUCUUCCUUUCUACUCUAUUCAAUUACGCCAUUUUCUUUCCAUUUAGUUCAGAACAAAUGCUCUGUUGACAAUUCUUUAUUAUUGGAUUUGACCAGCUUGCUUGAAGAUCUUGCGCCCUGAAGAAAUAGAUCGCUUGGAGUUUCCUGAAGGUGCGGAGUCCAACUUCCCCGUUAAAAAAGUGCUGUACAAAUCAGCGUCUGGGGUAUCUUAUGAUGCCGGAGACAAUGUCACAUUAUUACAUGAGCAUACUGACCACGAUAGGUUUAAUCUUUUUACUGGCAAGCAAACACUUCAUGAAAGAGAGGAAUGUUUUAAGGUCAUUAUCUACACCCGAAAAUCUUUUAGAUUCGAAUAUUUAAUACUGACAAUCGCGCUCAAUGUACUCAAUUUAUCAAAUGUGUUGCUUUUUUCUAGAUAUUGCUUCCUGGCUGCUUGCAUUACGAUGAAGAUAUAACGUAGAAAAUCAUGAUGAAGUUUAGUUGCAUGAUCCUGUUUGAUGGAAUCGACAUACAUGGAGGAGGGAUGUCUUGAGCUCCCAGUUCUAGCCAAGGAAUCAACUAAAUGAUUAAUAGCUCAACUUUCUUCGGAGUUUUUGUUUUCUUGCUUUUUUAAUUUUUUAUUUGGCGGAUUUUUGGCUUGGCACAUCGUACAUAAAUUGCGACCCGUUUGUCUGUAUCUGUUUCACAAAUGGAUCAUAUUAUCUGGGUCCUGAGUAGAAUACCAAAAGUGGUUUCUCUGGAAUUGGCCUUCUUGAUCUUGAUCUUAAAAGGGAUUAUUUUCAAUUGAUGUAAUAUUUAUAAUGUACAUGAAAAUUUUGCCGUACAACUAUAUCGUCUGAUAGAGUUCAUUCAUUCUUCAGGAGCGCGCCUGUCUAGGAAAUCAUGCUUAUCAUCUCUCUAGCCUUUGGAUGUAGAGUACUUGUGUUGAUACCGUCUUUCCCCAGAUGGAGGAGAGCGUCUCGGUCCACUGCGGCUUCUACAGCGAGAUGGGGGGGUUCAGGAUCUCCGGCGACGACAAGAGCUUCAUGCAGACCUGUGAAGCUGUGGUUUCCACCUGCGCCUUCGGCGGUGGGGACGACCUCUACCAGCCCAUUGGGAUGACAGAAGCAUCGCUCAGAAGGGUAAAAAAAACUCCAUGGCCGGCUCCUCGGUGCCCUCCCACCUUCGUAUUUCCAUGGUUAGCAGGGUUCUGGUCUGGUGCAGGUCUGCUAUGUGGCGUUCUGGGACGAGGUCACUCUGGCUGCGCAGGAAGCAGAGGGGAGAGGAGUAGGCGGCGAUGGCAUGGUCGGAAAAUGGCGGGUCGUCCUCGUCAGGGAGCUUCCAUUCUCCGAUCAGCGCUUGAAUGGGAAGAUUCCAAAGGUGAGAUCGGAUUUGAUUUCCGGCUGGGAAUGGAAAAAGUUCUUGAUUUUUUGAUGUUUUGAUCUUUGGAAUGGAAGAUGCUGAGCCACCGGCUGUUUCCGAGGGCGAGGUAUUCGAUAUGGGUGGACGCCAAGUCGCAGUUCAGGAGGGACCCCGUCGGCGUGCUGGAGGCGCUGCUCUGGCGCGGCGGCGCCGCCCUGGCCAUCUCCGAGCACGGCGCACGCAGCAGCGUCUUCGACGAGGGGAGGGCCGUCGUGAAGAAGAACAAGGCCUCCCCGCAGGAAGUUGAGCUCCAGCUGACACAGUACCGACGGGACGGCUUCACCGCCGUGAAGAGGUUCGGCGGCAAGAAAGGUAUUGUAGGAGACUCUCUCUCUCUCUCUCUCUCUCGCUCGCUCGCUCUUUGAGGGUCUGACGGCGCCCUUCUUCUUCUUCUUCUUCUUCUUCUUCCUGGUUUUUUGUUUGGUGGCCAGCGCUGGCGGAGGCGUCGGUGAUCGUGAGGGAGCAUACGGCGGCGACGAACCUGCUGAUGUGCGUCUGGUUCAACGAGGUCGUCCGCUUCACCUCGAGGGACCAGCUGAGCUUCCCCUACGUGCUCCGGCGGCUGAACCUCUUCGGAGUCAACAUGUUCCCCGUCUGCACCCGCAAGGACCUGGUCAACAGCAUGGGCCACCGCCGCAAGGCCAGACCUCUCCCGCCGUCGCGGACGGCGGCGCACUGA